UGUAGUCAUAGAAACCUAGUCAGAUUGAUAUAACCCCCUUUUUCUUAAACAUACAUUCUGUUUUAUUUUUUCAUCAAUUCUUCUAACAUUAAUUGAAAUUGCAAUUUUAGUUUUCAUUCUAAAAGGGAAACAAAUAUGACACAAAGAGUUGGUAUUGGAAUUGGAGCAAUUCACAAUCCACCAAGAGCAAAAUAUAGUCAAGAAACGAGAAAUUUAAUUAAAGAAUUAAUGGAAGAAUCGAAGCUUAGUAUGAUGCAAAGAAAAUCUAUUCAAAAAGCUGUGGAUCGUGGAGAAUCUUUACCUCAUCCAAAAUCGGCGAAAGAUAAGAAAAAAGAAAAGGAACCCCAGGUAAUAUAUCCAAGUGUAUGGAGAAAACGAUCGCAAAAUUUGAUAAUUAACAAUGAGAGAGAACAAUUUAGAAGAACUGAACCAUUACCUGAUAUGGAAAAACAAAAACGUCAUCUAGCGCACAUGAUGGCGUAUGGUAAGGAUAUGCCGCCAACUCCUAAUGGACCAUUAAAUUUACACAGAGCUAAAAAACUACCCCCUACUCCUAAUGAUGAUGAAAUUUUUGAGGAACUUGUCCAAGGUAUUCGCGAAAGAAUCGAAUUUCUAAAGGAUAUGGAAGCCUUGGGACAAGGGAAGAAAUAUCGGAUAAUAAUACAACAGGAAGUUGCUGAAAAACUUCGUCUUAUUCAAUCAUUGAAUAAAAAACGGCCAACAGGACUUGAAAAAGAAUUAGAAAAAUUGAGACAAACACCAAAUCCUUAUCCUAUGGGAGAACUUUCCUGUUAAAAAAAAAAAUCGAGAAAAUUUUGAUUUUCUAAAGUAUGAAUAAGUUUAAUAUCAUUAAAAUACUAUAAAACGAU